UUUUGCCGUUUAUUGAUCAGUCGUCAUGGCGUCCGCUCUGGCUCCCGGAUUAGUAUUUUCCAUUGAUUGGAUUCUGGGUUCGGAGCUGGAAAGACCGGGAAACUGUCUGAAACUCCACAGACCGUGGGCAGAGGUCGGAGCAGAGAAGGAGAACAGAGGAAACAGUCUCGGCUCCAAACAUCAACACUGUUACACACAACAAGAACAACAACAUAUGAACUCUCACAGGUCGACAUCCAACUGGUACGUGGGACGCAGACCACGCACUGCCUUCACCAACAGCCAGGUGAAUGUCCUGGAGACAGUGUUUCAGGUGAACUGUUACCCAGGCAUCCAGCUGAGGGAGCAGCUGGCAGGGAGACUCAACCUGGACGAGGACCGAAUUCAGAUCUGGUUUCAGAACCGACGAGCCAAAAUGAGGCGUUCGCUCAGAGAAACCCGUCUGCAGCUGGUCCAGACGGCCGUGGCCGACCUCGGGGUCAGACACCAGGUCGUAGGUCAACUGAAGGUCAAGCGGGACGUGGGAGAGGGCGACCUGGAUCUCUCCCAGCAGCUCGCCUCUCGUCUCCAGCUUCAGGUGGACGAGUGAUGCCGAGGAACUUUUAUCAUUGGGACUGUUUCGGAUCAUGUGCACGACUGUGAGCGUCCACUUCACUCAUCAUCAUUCUUCCUCUUUCUCUGGACUCUUUCUUUGUUUGCUUUUAAAGCCUCAAAUAACUUUAACAUUUUCACAACCCAGCUGCUUCUCUGUCUUGUCUUAUUCUUAUUUCAGGGUUUGGUGUUGCCUGAACGGCUUCUCUCUGA